AUGGCCUCUCCCCGCGACCCAGCCCGCCUGCGGCAGGGCCUCAACCCGUUGACCACCUCUGCUCUUGGGUCUUUCGCCGGCCACCAGCACGGCACGCCUAUAUCUGCCAUCUCCAUGGCCUCAACGCACAUUCUGUCGGCACACACUCCUGCGAGUGCUCUUCAGCCGUAUAAUCCCCAGGAGUGGGUGCCGCCGGGUGCGCCGCCAAUGCCAGAAAGACAGGCUCAGUACGGCGCCGAGGCGCAAGCUUCAGCGCCGCCGCCUCCUCCUCCAUAUAGCCCGCCAAGGAGUCGACAGCAGCGCCCUGUCAGUACAGCCUUUGAGCACGUACUAGGCCCCAUGUCCACGCCGUCGCCGAGAAUAACGUCCAACUUGGCUCUGCACCAUGCUUCGCCUGAACCCAUAGCAAACCCCUCAUUUCCACCUCCUCCGGGUGCAGGAGGUCGGGGGGGUUCUCGUGACCGCAGAUUUGGCCUACCUUCCCUCGUUCGACGAAAAGAGCCGGAGCAACUACAGGCCAGUCCGCCAGAUGUGCGCCCCUCUGCUCACGCUCGACGAAGCAUGGGGCCCGCAAGCUUCUUUGCUCCUGAGCCUCAGCGUCCGAUUGCCGGCCCGUCUUCAGAGGGAAUACCUCCAGCAGCUCGAAGAGCCGCAUCAACUGGCGCUAUCGAUACGCCGACAACUAACCGUUCGCGCUCGACGUCGCAAACAAGGUGGGCGCCCGGCAUGCCGCUGCCGCCUCCGCCUCCAGGACCGCCGCCCUCAGGAUCUCGUUCGCAAAGUGUUCAAAGUGUAGACCGGAAUGCAGUGCCGAUCAUUUCUCCGCCAACGCGACGACCACCGCCCAGUGGUAUCACCUCCCUUGGCCCCGUUCCGCCCACACCUGCUGAUUGGGUUGAUACCGAUGUUCAGGAUGCACCCGCUCAGCCGGAAAGUCGUAGAUCUCCCGGCCUGUCCAUAGACACCGAGGUCGCCAGACACUCUAAUCAAGUGACAGAAGCCUUGGGCUCAGCAUCCAGUACGGGCAGUCUUAGCCGGACUGGGGCCGUCCGCCAUGAUAAAACGAUUCUACAGCGCCGAAGCGAAAGUCGGCAUGCUACGCAUGGGUCUAUUGACGCGGUUGCUCAGACCCAUAAUGUUUCCGAUAUCGUGGUCCCUAGCACGGCAAACGGGCUCAACAAACGACUAAUCGUGGCGAAAUCUACUCCCCGCAGCGCGGGUCGUCUAGAGCCUCCGCGUUCGGGCGACUCUAUAGCACUGAAUGAUUCUCGAAACUCUACCCCUCGUGGCCCUGGUUCUGCUCAACUUCCUGGAUUCGAGACAGCUACGCCUCCAUUUUCGCCUUAUUACAAGAAAUCUAGCCCUUCCUCCGGCCUCGCAUCGGCCCCGAAAGCGCUGCCAACUCCACCGCCAAAUCAAAGGUCUGGCUCUGCUUCUUAUCCAAGAGACUCAUCCAGACCACCGCCCUCCGCCGGUACUACCACUUCCAAACAAGCAAUAACGCUGCAGACCGCAGAUCAGUUUGCCGCCAACACGAUUGAGCGUUUUCGGUCUUUUGCAGCCCAGGAAACAGCCGCUGCCUCUGACGCCGAUCGAGUACGAUUGUUCGCCGACUUUAUCGUAAACGAGUCUAGGAUUAGAAGGGAACGAUAUGCUAAUGCAAUUGGGGAAAUGGGGUCGGAAAUUUUCGAUCUCACCAGAGACCUAUUCCGCCCCAUGACGAAUUCUCGGCGAGCCUCUGCUACUUCGCAAGACUGGACACCUAGCUCAGCUGGCCCCAGCCGCUCGCAACUGGAGUCGAGUGGCAUGAGCUCAACGAGCGAUGGCGUAUCUACUUCAGCUCCUACGUCAGCAGGUAUCUCUCAUUCGCCGACAGCAAGCGCGACAGGCCAAAACUACGGAGGCACCGGUUACAUGCCGUCUCUUUCGCCAAUUCUGAGUAUGAGUGUCAGCGAUAAUCCCGAGAAUAGCUCUCGUGGUAGACCACCCAGUCGCUGGUGGGAGACGGAUUCAAACGGAGAUCCUGCCCGAGGAUGGGAAAGGUCGAAAAGAGAGUCUAAAUACAUGGGCGUUUCCAAAGAACAUUGGGUUGAUGAAGGCGCCGAGCUUGCAGGAGCAGGGGAAGGAUCAUCUUCUCAGUACCCUGCUGAAAAGACUGGGUGGCAUGACCACGACGAACCCAGCUGGACACCGCAGCCAGAACAGUUUUCGACCAUUUCGACUGAAUCAACAUGCUCUCCGGCUACAAAGACCGAGGGCCUUGAUGUGUCUCGUUUGGUUACGAUGCCACCGCCCUACCCACGCCAUCAUCCCGCCGUGAACAACAACCACCCCGAGCUUACAGAGACCAGAAUAGCGGUGCGCGGCUUGAGUGAACUCAAUGAGAUGGACAGUACGAAAGAGAAGUUCGCACUGGCGAGCUCAAAGCGACGUGAAGAUUUUGCAAAGGCUACGGCCGAACGUCGCAGAGCUUUGAGGGAGAACCUGCAAAAGGAAACAGCUGCUGGCAACAUUGGAUAUGCAGACGCUGCUGCCAUCGAGUCUGACUCGGAAGCCCAGGAAAGAGACAAGGCCAAGGAAUUGGAAAAGACGGAAUACGAGCACUUUCAAAAUGGCGUCAUUGUGCCAUUGAACGAGCUGCUUAGUGUGCGUAUAGCCAAGGCCACGGAGCUUUUUGACAAAUUGGCCAGCCAGCUAUUUGACAGUGGUCAGAAUGACGCCGACAUGCCUCAAGAAGAAGGCGACGACCGGCCGGAGCUCCUUGAGAAGCUGACUCUUCUCAAGUGGGUUUUCGAGACGCGCGAGUUUCUACACAGAACCAUCUUCGACCUCUUGACAGACCGCAACGCCCGAUAUCGCGACGUCGUUAUUACGCCGUAUCGACUGUCUGGCAAUACAGAGAAACUAAAAUCUGCCGAAGAGUUUUUUGCUGCUGACGCCUCCAAUCGUGAGCAUGCCUACGCAAACGAAGUCCUCAACCGCGCUCGCGAGUUUCGCUCCGUCGUUGACUCGGCCGUGCAGCGCGGCGUUGCGCUGCAAUUGUCUGCUUUCUGGGACAUUGCACCCCCUCUGCAUGGUCUGAUAGACAGCAUCCCAGCCAAUUUGGACGGGUUUGAGAUUCAGGUUCCGGCGACCGAAUUCGACGAGAACCCGGCCUACAUCGACCACCCGCUGCAGUACCUCUUUAGUCUGCUCCUUCACGCCGAAAAGAGCACGUAUCAAUUCAUCGAAUCGCACACCAACCUGCUCUGCCUUUUGCACGAAGUCAAGGAAGCCGUCGUCAAUGGCAAAGGGCGCGUGCUAGAGACGCAGGUGCAAGAAGCUGACGGCACGCCCAUCCCGCCAGAGACGCGGCUGGCUCGCGCGCAAAAGAUGCGCCAAGACGAGGGGCGUCGGCUUACAGAGGAUCUGCAGGAAAAGGUGCGCGAGGUGCAGGAGCAGUGGAAGAGCGCGCUGGGCGAGGAGCUCAAGAACGUCAAGGAGCGCACGCGCGCGUGGCUGCUGGAGACGGGCGGCUGGGAUGAGACGCUCGAAGAGGGCGAGUUUGUUGCGCGGGAAGAAUGA